UUGGUGUGAACUUGUGCGCUUGUCUCUGACGACGACUAUCACGAUGCUAAGGAUUCUAGGAGAAUAGGAAGGGACAUGGCUCUCCGUCGCAGAUGGAGACUUCAUCUCUUGUGGAACAUGGCUCUCGGUUGCAUGUCAUGCGGUUCUCACCAAACCGCCAUGUAAAAGAAUACGACGAAAGGUUCGUCGCGACUCGUCUUCGUCAUUCUGCGGCUGGAAAAUUCAAGCGAGACACUGGCCUCUGCUAACAGGGGUAAGUACGGGUCGCUUAUUACCAUAUCGCGCCCACAGAUGGGUUUCCUGGCGCGAGUCAACGGUUCCCCCAUGUACUGCUCUUUGCCUAGGGGCGUGUAUCAUGUGCAAGGAAAACGACGUCACCCGACGUCCCAACGAGGUUCAGUACGUUUCCGCGCGAUUGAAAAGCUGGCUGUGCGUUCGGAAGCGGUGACUCGACGUCAAACCGUGAUGUCGUGCUAUUCGAGCUACUUAGAUACACCCCCUAGGGUCGUCCAGCAGGCUGCUUUUAGCGCGGAUGAGAAGGUGCUGGGAGAAGUUCCGCACCGCAGCACUCCGUCCUCGCCUGCACGAUGUCGGACGAUCGAGGAUGAUGGGAUGGGAGAAGCUCCGUGCUCGUAGCAGAAAUGUGCUUUGGAGUACAAAACUGUACGUGUGGGAGGUGGAUUUCUACAUGCCGUUUAGCUUUUGAUCGCCGUGGUUUCGGUGAUGGGAUGAAAGAAGGGGAGAUUACUUCCGCUGUGCCGUAUCUAUACUGUUAAGAUCUGUGUGGUACGUAGGAACGCCUGGUAC